CGUCACGGAAGCUCCGGUGGCAGUGGGAAAUGAAUAAAUCCCAGCCCGCGGUCAUAAUGGGCAAGAGUUUAACUGGAAUUCAUGCGUGGUGCUCCUGCUUCAAGAGUUCAUACUCCGGACAAUACAGAAGUUUCUUGUAGUCCAUGUGAAAGCGGAGUUUGGUGUUGUAAGGUGAAUUGAUUCUCUGGAGUAUUGGAGCUGCAGUGUUUCCUUCAUAGGUGUUCAUCUCCAAGCAAAGGACCUCAAGCAAGACCAAGAGAAUGUUCGAUAUAUUAUUUGUGAUGAUCUUUGGACUGUCAGGGAGUGUUCUAACUAAAGACACAGACACAAAAGGGAGGUUCAGUUCUCCAGUGUUGGAUGUUACUGAGAAGCAGCUUAUUAUAGAAAGAAAUCAGACACUUCAGCUAAACUGCAGGGGACGGUGGGAGCUUCAGUGGGUUUUGCCAUCGGGUGUUCUGAAAGUCUACAAUGGCACAGAGAUAAAGGAGACUCAAUGCGGGAGAAAAAAUAACCAGUACUGUAGUCGCCUGACGCUCAGUCCUGCUUUAGCCCAACACACUGGCUCUUACCGCUGCCGGUACCGCCAAAAGCAGCGCAAACAGGCCUCGGUGUAUGUCUACAUAACAGAUAGCCAGCGGCCGUUCGUGAAGAUGCAGUCGGAGAUCCCAGAUGUGGUGUACAUGAAGGAGGGAGAGCCGCUGGUCUUCCCCUGCAGAGUCACACACCCAGAUGCCAAAGUCUCGUUGGUCAAGUUUCCUUUCCACGUGUUAACUCCUGAUUAUAGAAACAUCAUCUGGAACAGCAGGCAAGGCUUCACUAUCCGUAGUCCAACAUUCUUCUACAUUGGGCUGUUUUCCUGUGAGACUCUCGUCAAUGGAGUCAAAUACAGCAACAAGUUCUUGACUCACAGGCCAGUAAAUAAAAUCCUGGACGUGUAUUUAAACAGCACGGGUUUGGUCCACACGUUACAGGGCGAGAUGUUAGCACUGAACUGCACCGUUACAGCUGAAUGGAACUCCAGGGUGUCCAUUACCUGGACAUACCCACAAAAGGCUAAUGGAUCAGCCACUAUCAGCCGGCGCAUAUCAAAGAGCAGAACCAACAUGCUGUUCUACAGUGUUCUCACCAUCCCCAGACUGAGCAAAGCAGACAGAGGACUCUACAAAUGUCAUGUGACAAGCGGUCCAUCUAAGCGAGACACAAAUACCACGGUUAUUGUCUAUGACCAGCCUUUCAUUCGACUCAAGCACAAAAAUGGUCCUGUGGUUCAGGCUUUUGCUGGACAAAAAUCUUUCCGUCUUACUCCAAAACUAAGGGCUUUCCCUGCACCUGAAGUCAUCUGGUUGAAGGAUGGGAUGGUUGCAGCCGAGCGGUGCUCCCGUUACCAUGUAGACGGGUUUUCCCUGGUUAUUCGGGAUGUUGCAGAAGAGGACGCAGGAAUCUACACCAUCCUUACUAGGAUCCAGCAGUAUGGACUUUUCCAGAACCUCACACUCACAUUGGUGGUAAAUGUGAAGCCGCAGAUUGGAGAGAAGACAGUGUCCUCUCAACCUGGGACAGUCCAGCGAGGUAGCAGACAAGCCCUGCACUGCACUUCUCACGGUGUCCCACCACCUCAAAUCCAAUGGCUCUGGCAUCCGUGCCCUCCGAAAGGCCUAUGUGAGAAGCCUCCUCCUUCCUCCUGGACUGCAGUCAGAGAGAAGACAGAAGUCACGUCCACCCACAAUCCCAUCCUGACCAUCAGCCACAGACAGGAAGUGUUAGAAGGGAAGAAUAAGACUGUAGGAGUUCUGACAGUUGGUGAAGCAUUAGUCUCUGGUAUCUACCGCUGUGUUGCAUCAAACUUAAUGGGCAGAGAUGAGCUAGACAUCCAUUUCUAUGUCACAGAUGUCAAAGGAGGCCUUAUCGCAUCUUUAGAGGAAGAGCCCAGAGAGGGCAGGGACCUUCGUCUUGUCUGUAUAGCCAAUAGGCACCUCUAUUCAGACCUGUCAUGGUAUAGAAUAACGAAUCAGUCCACAGUAUCAGAGGGAGCUUCAGUUCUCGGCGGGGAGCUCACAGAGGGGCACUUCUCUCACACCCUGCACCUUCUGCUGAAGAAUGUGACUGCACAGGAUUCAGGAACAUACCGCUGCUCUGCCACACACCUGCUUACAGGAGAACGUACACACCUAGAUACAGCAGUGGAGGUCACAGUUCUGCAGGCACCGGUUCUGCUGCGAAAUCUCAGCGAUCACAGUGUUAAUGUAAGCAGCUCGGUCACUCUCCACUGCCCCGCUCAGGGAAUUCCACACCCCAGGAUCACAUGGUAUAAGGACCGAAGGAAGCUCCAGCAGGUGUCUGGAAUUAUGCUGUUUCCUGAGAAAGGGGCUUUACAUAUUGACCGAAUUACAGUUGAAGACCAGGGACUUUAUACCUGUGAGGCCACCAAUGAGAGGGGGUCUGUGGGGAGCUCCGCCCACAUUUGGGUUCAAAGUUCAUCUGAAUUCCUUUCUCUGGAGAUCCCGACUCUAGCAUGUACGUGCGUUGUGGCCACUCUCUUCUGGCUGCUUCUCACACUGCUGAUUCGGAAACUCAAACAGCCAAGCUCCAAUGAUGGCAAAGCAGAGUACCUGCCAAUCAUCCUGCACCCUGGGGAGGAGCCUCUGCUUGAGCAGUGUGACAGGUUACAGUAUGACCCCGCCCAGUGGGAGUUUCCACGUGACCGCCUUAAACUGGAAAAGCCCCUGGGGCGAGGGGCAUUCGGGCGAGUAAUGCAAGCCUCAGCUUUCGGCAUUUGCAAUUCAGCCAGCUGCACCACAGUGGCCGUCAAAAUGCUUAAAGAUGGCGCUACGCCCAGUGAACACAAGGCUCUGAUGACAGAACUGAAGAUCCUUAAUCAUAUUGGUCAUCACCUCAAUGUGGUCAAUCUUCUCGGUGCAUGCACCAAAGCAGGAGGGCCUCUGAUGGUCAUAGUUGAAUACUGCAAGUUUGGCAACCUGUCUGCAUACCUUAAGAGCAAACGAGAGGUGUUUCUGUUAAAUAGGGUGAACAGAGAAGAGGAGGAAAGCAUGAAGGAGGGAUGUAAAGGACGACUGGCCAGUGUGUCCAGCAGCCAGAGCAACGCCAGUUCAGGGUUUAGUGAGGAGAGAGCAGAGAUCUCAGAGGAGGACAGUGCUUCUCUUCCUGAAUCCAUCAAUCCUCUGCUGCUUGAAGACCUGAUUUCUUACAGCUUUCAGGUAGCCAGAGGUAUGGAGUUUCUCGCCUCUCGCAAGUGCAUUCAUCGUGACCUUGCUGCCAGAAACAUCCUGUUGUCCAAUAACAAUGUGGUGAAGAUCUGUGAUUUUGGCUUGGCCCGAGACGUAUACAAAGACCCAGACUAUGUGCGCAAAGGAGAUGCACGGUUACCACUGAAGUGGAUGGCCCCUGAAUCGAUCUUUGACAAAGUCUUCACCACUCAGAGUGACGUGUGGUCAUACGGAGUUCUGCUCUGGGAGAUCUUCUCACUUGGAGCGUCUCCAUACCCAGGGCUGAACAUUGAUGAGGAGUUUUGUCACAGACUGAAGGAAGGGACUCGGAUGUGUCCUCCUGAGUACAGCACCCCGGAGAUUUAUAGCAUCAUGUGGGCAUGCUGGGAAAAGAACCCUGAGAACAGACCUUCUUUCACUGCUCUAGUGGAGAUACUGGGAGACCUCCUGCAGACUUGCGUCCAACAGGAUGGAAAGGAUUAUAUUCCAUUAAACACUUUUAUUUCUGGAGAAGGAAAUACCGUCAUGGCGCACCUCGACCAGAAAGACAUGAGCCAGAAAACGCUGGGAACUUUAAGCUACAUCAACUCUGAGAAGAUCAAAGCCAUCAACACUUUUGAGGAUCUACACCAAGAAAUCCCUGAUUCUGACAGUGGAAUGGUUCUCCCUUCUGAAGAGUUGAUUCAGGUGAAAUGGACGGACAGAUUCAAAACCAAGAAAUUCACCAAGCUAUUCUCCAAAUAUCAAAACCAGCCGGCAAAAGUGCUGCCUUGUAUGAAUAGCGCCCCCUGUUGUCAUCAUAAGGAGGUGCUGCUCUCUCCCUCCAGAUGAAGCUGCUCUCCUUUACCCUUGUUUUUAACACGUCAGACAACCUGCCUGUAAACACCAAUGAACAUCCGUUACCACUCUUAAAAAGCACUGCUUAUUUGGACUAUUUUGCUUUCAGUUCCUUUUUUUGUGUUAGAUACGUCCUGUCAAAGCAGGAUUUCUGAAUGAGUCUCUUAUUCUUUUGAGAUUCUCUGCACAUCCCUCACCUUUUUAACCAAUGAAUUCCAUGAAUGUUUGUCACUCAUAAUUACUGGUUAAGGAUUAUAAAAUAUAUUUAUAUUAAAUUCAUCAGGUAAAUUAUAGACAAAAUGCACUUUGUGCACGUAUAAAUAUUAUUUGCAUAAUAUUCAUAUAGGCCUAUACACAUUAUAUUAUGGAAAUUUCCAUUUUAAGAUGUUAUUUGAGUUUUUCAUCAGGCCUGAAAAUUUUCAGGAUUUUUGUCUGCAAUGUUAUCAUGUUGAAACUUGCAACUACUGAUAAGCAUUGUUUGUUUUAAAACCAUCUCAUAUAGCUACAUUCCCACUUUGAAACCAAUAGUAAUCUAUACCUCUUAUAUUUUGUUUUAGUAGUCACAGAGCAGCUAAUAUUAUUUAUGAGCUAGUGAAAUGCCUUUAUUAAAAUCACUGCUUGUAGGUACCAAACUGUAGAGCACAGUUCAUGUGCUGCACGCCGUAUGCUGGAAAACUUUUUGCCGUAGAGUAUAUUUAUUUACACUCAGUAACUUAAUAUUAACUUCUGAACAAAAAACAAAAAAAGAGAACAGGACUUUAAUAUUAGUGGAAUAAAUGUUAAAGGAAAAAUAUAUAAGUACGGAGGAAAAAGAAAAAAAAAAAAAAUUCAGUGUUUUUGCCAAUUAUUAAAUAAAUCAACUGUGAUAGGUUGCACCUUUCUUGUAAAGAAUUUUUUUUUUUUUUUUUUUGAAGUGGCAGAAUCUUGAUCCUGGAAUAACAUCCAAAAGAAACCUGUAUUUACACAGUUAGAUUAAUCAAAAUACCAUUCAAAAGUUUGGGGCCCAAUAAGAUUUUUUUAAAAAUAUUUUUGAAAGAAGUCUCUGCUCACAAAUACAGUAAAAACAGUAAUAUUGUGAAAUAUUAUUACAACAUAAGAAAAAAAAAAUGUUUUCUAUUUUUAUAUAUUUUAAAAUGUAACAAUCCUGUGAUGUCAAAGCUGAAUUUUCAGCAUCAUUACUCCAGUCUUCAGUGUCACAUGAUCCUUCAGAAAUUAUUCUAAUAUGCUGAUUUGCUGCUCAAGAAACAUUUAUCAUCAAUAUUGAAAACAGUUUGUGGAAACUAUGCUGGGUUUUUUUGGGGUUUUUUUUUUUUUUGAAAAUUCGAUGAAUAGAAAGAUCAAAAGAACAGCAUUUAUUUUUUGCAACAUUAUAAAUGUAUUUACUGCCCCCUUGGAUCAAUUUAACACAUCCUGGCUGAAUAAAAGUAUUAAUUUCUUUAAAAAAAAAAAAAAAAAAAAAAUCUUACUGACCCCAAACUUUUGAACGGUAGUGUAUGUACCAUGGGUUCAAAAAAAUAACACUGAUCAUCUCACCUAAUGCCACAAAUAAAUGCCUAUACAUUCUUUCUGCCAUAAAACAUUUGCACCAUUCAAAACCAUUCUGAGACCGAGUCUCGUUGCUGCUUUUUUAGUGCUGGUAAUUUUUGUGGCAUCUAUUUUGGAAAGCGUCCAAUCUCCACAGUUACAGACAAGUUCCUUUUUGCUGCUGCAGUGCGUCAUAAGCUAUUCAAGCAACAAUCAUGCCCUUUAAAAACACAAACGAAUGUUAUCUUUUAUUAAUCUUUAUUAAAAUACUGCUGUACACACAAAUAUUGCAAAAAUGUGACAAUAAACAAGAAGGGCAUAAAACGUA